UCUCCUCCGCUUUGCUGAGCCCUCCCUUCUUCCUCUCAGUUCCUAGAGUCCGACCGCCGCCGCCGCGGAGAGAGGAGAAGGAGGGGGUGUGGCCACAGCAGGUCCUAUCUGGUGGUGAGUGGCUGUCAUGAUCUCUACAGCACCACGCUACAGCGGCGUGCACGACUGGGCCAGUUCUGACCGGAUUCGCAUGUGUGGCAUCAACGAGGAGAGACGAGCACCUCUUUCUGAUGAAGAGUCCACGACAGGUGACUGCCAGCACUUUGGAUCUCAGGAGUUUUGUGUCAGCAGCAGUUUUUCCAAGGUGGAGCUCACAGCAGUUGGGAGUGGCAGCAAUGCCCGGGGGGCAGACCCAGAUGGCAGUGCAACAGACAAACUUGGGCACAAAUCAGAAGACAAGCCUGACGACCCCCAGUCACAAAUGGACUAUGCUGGGAAUGGGGCAGAGGCAGAGGGCAUCUUGGUGCCACUGAGCAGCCCAGGAGACGGGCUCCAGGUUCCUGCUCCUGACAGCACUGAGGCCAGCAACAGCAGGGCUGACGGCUCCUGGACUCCCCUCGGCACUCAAAUGAGCAAACAGGUGGACUGCUCUGCAGCUGGGGUAAAGGCUUUGGACUCUCGACACAGUGUUGGGGAAAAGAAUACUUUCAUUUUGGCAACUCUGGGAACUGGAGUCCCCGUGGAGGGAAGCCUGCCUCUGGUUACCACCAACUUCAGUCCGCUGCAGGCUCCCAUCUGUCCCCCUGCUCCUGGUUCGGCCUCAGUUCCCCCAUCUGUUCCGGAUCCAUUCCAGGUUCCCCUGUCUGUCCCAGCCCCAGUGUCCCAUUCCGGGUUAGUUCCUGUCCAGGUGGCCACUUCCGUUCCAGCUCCAUCUCCUCCCUUAGCACCGGUCCCGGCUCUGGCCCAGGCGCCACCCUCAGUGCCCACACUCAUCUCUGACUCGACCCCCCUUUCAGUGUCAGCUUCGGUCCUGGUACCCGUGCCAGCUUCUGCUCCGCCCUCAGGCACUGUUUCCCUGUCAGCUCCAGCCCCUGCCCCACUGUCAGUCCCUGUUUCAGCUCCCCCCUUGGCUCUGAUUCAGGCUCCUGUACCCCCUUCAGCUCCAACCCUGGUUCUUGCACCUGUUCCUACUCCAGUUCUGGCUCCCAUGCCAGCAUCCACACCUCCAGCAGCUCCUGCCCCCCCAGCGGUGCCAAUGCCCACCCCAACCCCAUCCUCUGGCCCGCCUUCUACCCCCACUCUCAUCCCAGCCUUUGCUCCUACGCCGGUGCCUGCACCUACCCCCGCCCCCAUCUUCACACCAGCCCCCACGCCCAUGCCGGCUGCCACGCCAACUGCCAUCCCCACCUCUGCACCCAUCCCAGCCUCCUUUAGUUUGAGUCGAGUGUGUUUUCCUGCAGCUCAGGCACCAGCUAUGCAAAAAGUCCCCUUGUCUUUUCAGCCAGGGACAGUACUAACCCCGAGCCAGCCGCUGGUUUAUAUCCCACCUCCGAGCUGUGGACAGCCACUCAGUGUGGCCACACUGCCAACUACCCUAGGGGUCUCCUCCACUCUUACUCUCCCUGUCCUGCCAUCCUACCUACAGGACAGGUGUCUUCCUGGAGUUCUGGCCUCCCCAGAGCUACGGUCUUACCCAUAUGCGUUUUCUGUGGCCCGGCCUCUGACUUCAGAUUCUAAGUUGGUUUCCCUAGAAGUGAACAGGCUCCCAUGUGCAUCCCCAUCUGGCAGCACCAGCACCCAGUCUGCCCCUGAUGGGGCCUCCGGGCCUUUGACAGAUACUUCCAUCUCCACUGCUUCUGCCAAGGCACUUCCAACUCCACAGCCUUUGCUGCCAGCGCCUAGUGUCAGCUCAGCCCCACCACACCCCGCCAAGAUGCCAGGCAAUGCCGAGCAGCAAACGGAAGGGACUUCCGUUACCUUCUCUCCUCUUAAGUCUCCUCCACAGCUGGAGCGAGAGAUGGCCUCUCCCCCUGAGUGCAGUGAGAUGCCCCUCGACCUCUCCUCCAAGUCCAAUCGUCAGAAGCUUCCAUUGCCAAACCAGCGCAAGACACCCCCGAUGCCUGUGUUGACCCCUGUGCACACCAGCAGCAAGGCCCUCCUUUCCACAGUCCUAUCCAGGUCUCAGCGCACAACCCAGGCAGCUGGCAGUAAUGUCACUUCUUGUCUGGGCUCUACUUCCUCACCCUUCGUCAUCUUUCCAGAGAUUGUGAGGAACGGGGACCCGAGCACCUGGGUAAAGAACUCAACUGCACUGAUCAGCACCAUUCCUGGAACCUAUGUGGGGGUGGCCAACCCAGUGCCUGCAUCCCUGCUGCUGAAUAAAGACCCCAACCUGGGGCUCAACCGAGACCCCCGCCAUCUUCCUAAGCAGGAGCCUAUUUCCAUCAUUGAUCAAGGAGAGCCUAAGAGCACUGGGGCCCCCUGUGGCAAGAAGGGUAGUCAGGCUGGGACUGAGGGGCAGCCAAGCACAGUCAAACGUUACACCCCGGCCCGCAUUGCCCCUGGGUUGCCAGGGUGCCAAACCAAGGAGCUCUCUCUGUGGAAGCCUGCUGGACCUGCAAACAUUUACCCACGGUGUUCAGUUAACGGAAAACCCACCAGCACCCAGGUCCUGCCUGUUGGCUGGUCACCGUACCACCAAGCAUCUUUGCUUUCCAUUGGCAUUUCCAGUGCCGGCCAGCUCACCCCCAGUCAGGGGGUACCCAUCAGGCCUACCAGCGUUGUUUCUGAGUUUUCUGGUGUGCCAACACUUGGCCCCAGUGAAGCUAUGCAUGGACUUCCCGAGGGGCAGCCACGACCUGGGGCCCCUUUUGCUCCAGAGCAGGACACUGGUACAAAGAACAAAACUUGUCGAAUCGCUGCCAAGCCUUAUGAAGAACAAGUCAAUCCUGUCCUCCUGACUCUCAGCCCUCAGACAGGGACCUUGGCGCUGUCUGUUCAGCCCAGUGGUGGGGACCUAAGAGUAAAUCAGGGGCCUGAGGAAUCCGAGAGCCACCUCUGUCCUGACAGCAGUCCUAAGAUGGAAUCUUCCCAGGGGGCCUGUGGCCUGAAGCUGGCAGGAGACACAAAGCCUAAGAAUCAAGUGUUGGCCACCUACAUGUCCCAUGAGCUGGUCCUGGCCACCCCCCAAAACCUGCGCAAGAUUCCUGAGCUGCCUUUGCUACCUCAUGACAGCCGCCCCAAGGAACUCAUCUUGGAUGUGGUCCCGAGCAGCAAGAGGGGUUCCAGCACAGACCUUUCACAGCUUGGAAACCAGGUGGACCUGGGGCGGGUGAAAAUGGAGAAGGUAGAUGGUGAUGUGGUCUUCAAUUUAGCCACCUGCUUCCGGGCCGAUGGUCUCCCAGGCACUCCCCAGAGGGGCCUAGGUGAAGUUCGGAAUAAGACUGGGCAGGCUCGAGUGAAACAGGAAAGUGUAGGUGUCUUUGCUUGCAAGAACAAGUGGCAGCCAGACUCGGUUGUGACUGAUGGGGUGACUGAAUCUCUGCCACCCAAGAAAAUGAAGUGUGGCAAAGAGAAGGAUGGUGAGGAGCAGCAGCCACAAGCCAAGAUCAUAGCCCGGAGUUCCCAUGGACCCAAGUUCCGGAAGUUGCCUAGUGACCCCAAGGAACCCACCAAGAAAAGCCCCAGGGGGGCUUCAGAUUCAGGAAAAGAGCACAAUGGAGUCAGGGUAAAGCACAAGCACCGGAAGCCAACAAAGCCAGAGACCCAGUCUCCAGGAAAACGAGCCGAUGGCCACGAGGAAGGCUCCUUGGAAAAGAAAGCAAAGAGCAGUUUCCGGGACUUCAUCCCUGUGGUUCUGAGCACCCGGACACGCAGCCAGUCUGGAAGCAUCUGUAGCUCCUUUGCUGGUAUGGCAGACAGUGACAUGGGAAGCCAGGAAGUCUUCCCUACAGAGGAGGAAGAGGAGGUGACUCCCACCCCAACUAAGCGUCGAAAGAUGAGAAAGACCCAACGGGACACCCAAUAUCGCAGUCACCAUGCCCAGGACAAGACUCUGCUGAGCCAGGGCCGCAGGCACUUGUGGCGAGCCCGAGAAAUGCCCUGGAGAACAGAGGCUGCCCGGCAAAUGUGGGACACCAACGAGGAGGAGGAGGAAGAUGAGGAGGAAGGCCUGAUGAAGCGGAAGAAACGGAAACGGCAGAAGAAUCGAAAAUAUCAGACUGGAGAGUACUUGACGGAGCAAGAAGAAGAGCAGCGGCGGAAAGGGAGAUCAGAUUUAAAGGCCCGUAAGCAGAAGGCUUCCUCCCAAAGUUCAGAGCACCGCCUCAGGAACAGGAACCUUCCUUUGCCCAACAAAACCCAGGGGAUCUCAGAUUCACCAAAUGGUUUCCUCCCAAAUAACUUGGAGGAGCCAGCCUGCCUUGAAAAUUCAGAAAAGCCAUCAGGAAAACGAAAAUGCAAGACCAAGCACAUGAGCACCAUCUCUGAAGAGACAAAGGGCAAAGGGCGUUGGAACCAGCAGAAGACACGAUCUCCCAAAUCUCUCACUCCAAUGAAACCUACGGAACAGUGCACACCUUCUAAGUCCAAAAAUGCUGGCCUAGAGGAAGCCUCGGAGUCACCUACAACUCGGCAGAUUCCCCCAGAGGCUCGUCGGCUCAUAGUGAACAAAAAUGCUGGUGAGACCCUGCUGCAACGGGCUGCACGUCUUGGCUACAAGGAUGUUGUUCUCUACUGUCUCCAGAAAGACAGUGAAGACGUGAAUCACCGUGACAACGCAGGCUACACGGCCCUGCACGAGGCCUGUUCCCGGGGCUGGACCGACAUCCUGAACAUCCUGCUGGAGCACGGGGCCAACGUGAACUGCAGCGCGCAGGAUGGCACAAGGCCUGUUCAUGAUGCGGUGGUCAAUGACAACCUAGAGACCAUGUGGCUCUUGCUGUCCUACGGGGCUGACCCUACGCUAGCCACCUACUCAGGACAGACAGCUAUGAAGCUGGCCAGCAGCGACACCAUGAAGCGCUUCCUCAGUGAUCACCUCUCGGAUCUUCAGGGAAGGGCAGAGGGUGACCCUGGUGUAUCCUGGGACUUUUACAGCAGUUCCGUGUUGGAGGAAAAAGAUGGGUUUGCCUGUGACCUUCUACAUAAUCCUCCAGGGAACUCUGAUCAAGAAGGAGAUGAUGGGGAAGAGGAUGAUUUUAUGUUUGAGUUCUCAGACAAGCCUCUUCUCCCUUGCUACAACCUCCAAGUGUCAGUGUCCCGCGGGCCCUGCAACUGGUUUCUCUUUACCGAUGUCCUGAAGAGGCUGAAGCUUUCCUCGAGGAUCUUUCAGGCUCGCUUCCCGCACUUUGAAAUUGCCACCUUGCCCAAGGCGGAGUUCCACAGGCAGGUGGCCUCCAGUCAGCUGCUGACCCCUGCCGAGAGGCCCGGAGGCUUGGACACCACUUCUGCCCUGGGCUCCUCUGAGACUGUGGAGCUGGUGCAGUAUGAGCCUGAGCUAAUCCGGCUCCUAGGGUCUGAGGUGGAGUUCCAGUCCUGGAAUAGUUGACUGGGAAAACAGCCCCUCCCUUUUCUUCUUUCUCCUCCCAAGUUCACCCUCCUCCCCCACCUCCCAAGUCUUUUCCCCCACCCAGCACCAGACUGCAGAAUGAGGCAAUAAUUCGGACCAACAAGAAGCCGCCUUAUCAAUGCCAGCAUUAAUUAAUGACUGGAUUUUUUUUUUUUUUUGGUUACAGUUAGUUCUCAUCUCCUUGUCAUCGUCAUUGUUCUUGUGGUUGGUGAUGGGGUUGAAAAGUUGAAACUCCACGUCUGAGGACAAGAGGUCCCAGGGGUGGUGGGAGGUGGUGCCAGGGUCCCUUGAACUGGCCUCCGUAUGUAUGACCAAGACCAAACUUGGGCCCUGGGUGGCUGCAGCCUGUCCAGAGGAGAAGUGAGAAAAGCCCAGAUCUCUGAGUGCCCCCUCUGUUCCCCUGUGUUCUUCUGUCUUCCAUAGUAUUUAUUUUAUUAGUAUUUAAUUUGUAUUGUUUCAUUGGUUUCUGAUAAGUCUGUAUCACUGUGACAAUUUGAGACUUGUUGUAUUGAGGGACUUUCUUCACCUCUUUUCUGUUUCUUCCUUGAUAAGCUCUAAAGCUGCCUGCCCCCCUCCCCCCACACAAAGUUACUCCCAGGUUUUUUCUUCUACCAGGGAGGAGGUUGGAGGGAUGGGGACUAUCAACUUGUGACUCCUGAAGCUGGCUGGUGCUGGCCCAGGGCUGGGGGGCUGGGGGUAAAUCCCGAGAUUCUGGUGCUCCCCCACCCCCAGAUUUUCUUGUUACACCCCCUGCCCUUUGAAGCAGCCGUGCUAGCUAGAGAUGAAGUAGGAGCUGGGUCAGUGGGUCACUCUGACAGGAGAGUGGAGCCUGACCUGAAGGAGACAGGUCGCCCUCCUCACAUCUGCCUGCUGCUUCCCUCAGAGUGCACAGUAUAGGCCUGUUCCCCCAGCCACCGGCCCCUGUUCUGGCCUCACCCUCUCUGGAUACUGAGCCUUUCAGCUCUAGCCCUCCCCUCGUCACUCUCCCCACUGCCCCACUCGCAGCAACCCUCGCUUCUCUUCUGUUCUCCCUCUGCGCCCCCCCCCCCAUUCUCUUCGGAAUCUUCACAGGGCUCUGGAGUUGACUGCCAGAUGUGAAGUCCAGGCCUCAGCUGUUUCCGAGGCCGGCGAGGGCAGGAGAUUGGUCUCUGGGCUCCACUCCUGCCUAGGGGUGGGGGCUGAGCUUAGCGCAGGGCUCCAGGCCACCUCCUGGCCUCUGGCCAGCAGUGCUCGGUUAGUUCAGGGAGAGAGGGAGGAGCCCAGGCUGCUUCCCGCCCCGCCCCUCAGUGGUGUGCGUGCGUGCGUGCGUGGUCUUCCCCGCUCUUGUUCUUAUUUUUCUACCAAUUGCUAUUUUUCCGAACAAUCCUUGUAGAGAGUAUGUGCCAUCCAAAGGCAGGAGGGCCUCUCUGUGGCCGGCUCUGAUUGGAGAUGGUACAGUUUUAUUGUACAGGUGCUAAAACAACAACAACAAAAGAAGAAAAUGGAAAAAAAAAAAGACAAAAAAAAAAGGCAAAAAAAAAAAAAAGCCAGUUUGAGGAUGGGACAAUCUGUUCUCUGGAGACUCCCAACCCAUGUGGGAGCAUUGGUGGCUAUUUUCUUUGUAUUGUGUUUGUUCUUUGUUCCCAGGGGGAGUUCUCAA